AUGGAUGCUGGAUCGGCCGGAGUGCUCGUUACCCUCCUCCUCCUCUCCAUCCUGUGGUUCCUGGUCUGGAAAAGCGAUAAGAAAAGAAGCCGGCUGCCUCCUGGACCGGCCCCAUGGCCCAUUUUGGGCAACCUAUGGCAAAAGGACGUCCUGCCCCUCUACAGGAGCUACAAGAAGCUCAGCAGCACGUACGGCCCCAUCUUCACCGUCUGGCUGGGGCUGAAGCCGGUGGUGGUGCUCUGCGGGUACGAGGUGGUGAAGGAUGCUCUGCUGGGCCACUCUGAGGAGUUUGGAGGGAGACCUGCAAUACCCCUUCUGGCGCAGAUCUCGAAAGACUAUGGUUUUAUCUCCAACAACGAGAAGAAGUGGCGGGAGCUGCGGAGGUUCACACUCAGCACCCUGCGGGACUUUGGGAUGGGGAAGAGCUCCAUGUCGCAGCGGGUGCAGCAGGAAGCCCAGCACCUGGUGGAACUGCUGGCAAAACUUGAAGGAAAGGCCUUUGAGCCGAUGAUAAUGUUCAGACACGCAGUUGCCAACGUGAUCUGCUCCGUUGUCUUCGGGAGCCGUUACAGCUACAGCGACAUGGCCUUUCUGGAGCUACUGAAUGUGAUCGGGAAUUACAUCAGCUUCUUUCUUUCCCCCAUCGCCAUGGUCUACAACACCUUCCCCAACAUCAUGCACCACCUCCCGGGGCCACACAGAAAAGUCCUGGCCGAGUGCGAGAAGCUGAAGGACCACAUCCGAGAAAGGGUUGAGCUUCACAAGCUGACACUGGAUCCCAGCUGCCCCCGGGACUACAUCGACUGUUUCCUUAUGAAAGCAGAGAAGGAGAAGAGCAGCCUGGAGGUCAUGUACAGCAACGAAGACUUGGUCAUGUCAGUGUUCAACCUCUUUGGUGCUGGGACAGUGACUACUAGCAACACCCUGGUCUUCUUCCUCUUGGUCCUGGCAAAAUACCCCCAUAUUCAAGCCAAGGUCCAAGAGGAGAUCGAUGCGGCAGUGGGCGCCAGCCGUGCUCCCAGCGUGGAGGACAAGCUGAGGAUGCCAUACACCAACGCGGUGAUCCACGAGCUGCAACGUUUCCACAAGACCCACAUUGAGAACUUCCCACGGAUGACGACGCAGGACGUCGUGUUCAGGGGCCACACCAUCCCCAAGGACACAGCCGUUAUUCCGGUAUUUUCUUCCGUGCAUAUGGAUCCAACCCAGUGGAAGAAUCCCGAAGAAGUCGACCCAGGCCACUUCUUGGAUGAGAAGGGCGAGUUCAGGAAGCGCGAAGCCUUUAUGGCUUUCUCGGCAGGGAAGCGGAUGUGCCCAGGAGAGGCGCUGGCCCGCAUCGAGCUCUUCCUUUUCCUCGCCACCCUGCUGCAGAGCUUCACCUUCCAGCUUGCCAUCGAGUACGAGGAGAUGGAUUUAUUCUCCCUAUGGCUCGAGAUAGAGAGGAGGGCAAUAUCGGGCAAGUUCCUUGCUAUUCGGCGCUCCGUGUCCCCUUAG